AUGAACAUUGAUGAGAAGCUGGAGGGGAUGCUGCUGAAGUGUGGUGGGGGAGUGGAUGAGCGGGUGGGGAUAGGGGGUGGAGGUCUAGUCGUCAUGACCCUGGGCGAGAGGGGGUUAGCCCACCACCCCCUGUUAGCAGACGAUGAUGAAGAGGAUGACGAUGACCUGACAGGGGUUUCAAUGGUGUCCCAUGACCUGAUCCCAACUGAUGAUAUGGUGGUACAUGAGGAGACUGUGAAGAAUGACAGGGAAGGGGGAAUGAUGCAGAGACUCUCACACAAGCUGCCUGUGAGUCCAUGUCAUGCAUACAUUCUUAUUGCCAGUCUUCUUACCAUACAUGCUGUAAAUCAUGACAUUGGAUGAAUCUGAAGUCUUUCUUCAUUCCUUGCGUCCUCUAUCCUCUCUCUUCUCCCUGUCUUCAUUUUGAAGACUUUUGAGAUUCACAUAUUGAGAGCAGAAUCAUUCCGACUUUAAUCAGUGAAAUUAAAACGUUAAACAAUGUUUUGUAGGUAAGCAUCAAACAAGAGUUGAAGCUGACUUCUGAUCCACUGAUGCUGGGGAAGAAAGAUAGAAAACAGCCCAGAGAUCUCACAACCGAGUGUCACAAGAAGAAGAAGCGAAAGCAGCGCUCUCCUGCCAAGGUGCAAAUGUAUAUAUUGAUCUCAGGUUAUAUACGUUUAGCAUUUAAAUCAUUAUUAUUGCUUGAGACAAGGUCAUAAUCGCAUAUUCUGUCCAGAUUAAAGAUCUAUAUUGGCACCUGAGAAAUUCUGUUGCCAAAACUACCAACAUGAAAACUUUAUUUUUUAUAAAGGCCCAGCCUCAGUUGUAAAUAAAUUGUGAAUUGACAAAUUUCUUAUCCUUGUCUUUCCAUGCAUCUCUCUUCUUUGUUUAGAUUCUCACCAUCAAUGAGGAUGGAUCACUGGGUCUCCAGAGUCCAAAGUGUCAUGUGUGUGGGCACUGCAACGCAGCCUUCCGAACCAACUACCAUCUACAAAGACAUGUCUUCAUUCACACUGGUAUAAUGUCUUAUGACAGUCAAGCCUCUUGCUUUACAUUAAAUUAACAUGACCUAGGCCCUAUGUUGUAAGUUACAAUGUCUGCAUAAUAAGUAGGCAAACACAAUUUCCCAUUGAAUAUAAGCAAGAAAAAUAUGGUAAAACUUAACAACUUACUUGGUUUCAGGUGAGAAACCAUUUCAGUGCAGCCAGUGUGAUAUGCGCUUCAUACAGAAGUACCUUCUCCAGAGACAUGAGAAAAUCCACACUGGUAAGAGAGUGCCCCACGAAGCUAUGAUUUAACUAUGGUAGUCAAAGAUCCCACCUGUUGAAUGUCGAUGUUACUAGCCCACAGAAUGAGCUGUCCCUUUGACUUUCUGUCAGGUGAGAAGCCCUUCCGCUGUGAGGAGUGUGGUAUGAGGUUCAUUCAGAAAUACCACAUGGAGAGGCACAGAAGGACCCAUAGUGGAGAGAAGCCCUAUCAAUGUGACUACUGUCACCAGGUUGGUUAUUUGUGUUAUCAAAGCACAUCUCAAUGGCCUGGUCCCAUAUCUGUUUGUGCUGUAUAGCCAACUCCUAUGGUUUGCCAUGAGAGACAAUGACCUUAGGAGUUCGCAAGACAGCACAAAUAGUCUACAUCACUAGUUUAAAACUGGUUUAUAUAGCAUGCAGACAUUUCUUUAAAAACAUUUAUUCUACUACUGCCCAUGUAUGCCACAAACAUUCAGAUUGUUUUCCACAGUUCUUUUCCAGAACUGACCGGGUUCUAAAGCACAGGCGCAUGUGCCAUGAGAUGAAGGAGAGGAAAGCCCACAAGGCGGCAGCAGCCGGGAAAGAUGGAGGACUCCUGCGCAACACAGAAUCUCUGGGCUUCUCUGCCAAAGAGUGCUCGCUGCCCAAGAAGAAACGCCUGAAGACUUCAGACAAGUCUCAAUGCUCUCUCUCAGCUGCUGCCACUGAAGACGUUGCCACGGUCGCUUCUCUUGGCGGCAUGGAUAAGGAGGUGGAGCAAAGACUGAACAAAAUUGAAUGUCUACCUCUCUAUGCGGUUACCUCCAAGGUGGUGAAAGAUGAGUAUGUGGUGAAAGAUUAUUCUGUGGAGCUUCCAGACUCGUCCGGCGAGCGGCGGUUGGGGCUGGGUGGGGAGAAUCUCUCCUCUGAAGAGAUUCAUCCUCCCAAGCUGGUCCUUAAGAAGGUCCCCAAGAGGAGUCUGAAGCAACCAACUGAACCUGAACUACCUGUGAGUCUGUCCUCUUUUGAAGAUGGCAAAAUCACCAGGUACACGUUUGAGAUCGUGGACAAACAAGGUCUUCUGGACGUGGAUGUGGCCAACUCUGACCUGGAGCCAGUAGAUGCUCUCCAAGGAGGGCAGACGAAACCAGCAUCCAGCAGCACAAACUACGACGACGCAAUGCAGUUCCUGAAGAAGAAGCGGUAUCUCCAGCAGGCCGCUUUGGCCAACAACCGCAAUUACGCCCUAAAUGUAAGCAGCAUCACGUCCCAGCCUUCCGUUAGACAAGCCGCAGUGGCCAGUGUCAUUGACGAAACCGUUCCCUCCACCAUCUUGGAACCACAGCCGUUGAGCAUCGAGAUCAAGUCCAGCCACGACAAGAACGUUCUCCCGGAUGAGGUUCUCCAGACUCUCCUGGACCACUACUCAAACAAGGCCAAUGGGCAACCUGAUAUCUCCUUCAGUGUGGCCGACACGGAGGUGACCUCUAGCAUCUCCAUCAACUCCUCGGAUGUGUCUGAGGCCAGCCCGGUAGAGAGCCUGGGAGGUAACCCUCAAGCCCCACCAGCAGAGAAGUCUAGCCUCCUGCACGAGUACUCAAAGUUCCUUCAGCAAGCACUGGAGAGGACCAGCCAGAACGAUAGCUACUUGAGCAGCCAGAGUCUUACCUUUGUCACCGAGAGCCCCAGCCUCUCCAACCAGCCUCUGUUCUCCACAGAGAAACAGUACCCUUCCCCCAGCAGGUUUACCACCGGUACUGGUAGGUCAGGGAUGAACUCUCCACUACGCUCUACCUUGGAGAAACCCCAUUUUGGACUCCUUGUAGGGGAUUCCCAACAUUCUUUCUCAUUUUCGGGGGACGAAACGACCCCCUCGGCUGUGUCGCCAACCGAAGACUUUCUGGAGGAAGUUACAUCCUCGAAAAAGACUGAUGCUCAAGGGUUGCAUCAGACUUUUCAAAUCAGCACCUUCGAUCAGAACUUCCGGUCACAGUUCCAGGCCUCGUCUCGUUCUGGAAUCACCUCCCAAUUUACUAUUGCCAAUGGACAAGUCAGUCUGCGAAGUCACGGAACAGACUUCUCUGAAUUCCCACUUGAGACGAGGUCUCAAUUAAACUCUUCCCCUGAUGCUACAAGGAGUCAAACGUUUGGUUGA